AUGCAUCUCCUGCGCCCUAUUAUCGCCCUCGCCGCCCUGCUGGCCCCCCUCGUCGAGGCUUUGACUGCCGAUGAGGUCCGCAACGCCAUCCAAAGCAACCAGCUCGCCCGCUUCAACAGCCUCAUGGCAAGGGUGGAGGUUCAUCAUCUCCCAUGGGAGGCAGCUCAUGUCGCAGGAGCAACGCGAAACGUCAUCCGCGUCCAUGUCACCAGGCUGGAUGGAACGCAGUACACGCGCGACUUUUUGGUCAAAGCCGCUGUUCGCUCGCCAAAUCCGCAGGGGGAUGCCCAGCGGCCGCGGAAGGGGAAAGGAAGGUCGUACAGCAGCUAG